UUGUCACCAGAGAGUUGGAAGAAGAUAAUUCUACUAUGACUGUUUUAUUUUGUAAAAUGGAUAAGUUUUUAUUGGUCUGUCUGAGCGUUGCACUGAUCGGUUCAGCAUUAUGUGCUGAAGUUCCUUCAUACGUGAAAAUAUGUGGUCGCAAGAAUCCAAAACUGAACGAGUGCGUGAAGAAUAGCGUUGAGUCCCUCCGCGCGAAACUACGCGAAGGCAUGCCAGAGUUUGAAACCCCAUCAGUGGAGCCAUUAGAGAUUCCAGCAGGAAUCGACAUAGCUGAAUCUGAGGCUUUCCGAGCUACAGCGAGAAAUGUCAAAAUUUACGGGGUCUCCGACUUCGAGAUAAGAAAAAAUGAUCUCAACCUUGAGAAGAAGACUCUUGAUAUUGACCUAUACUUCAAAAAACUGCACUUCGAAGGUGACUACAACGUUAGUGCCAGGAUCAUCGUACCAAUUAAUGCUGUUGGACCUAUCGUUAUCGAUGCUGAGGAUAUCUUAGGCAAAGCAUCACUGACUUUCGAUUUUAAGAACAGAAAAGAUGGCCCACACAUGAUGUUUACAUCGAUGAAGUGCAAAAUCACAAUCGGUGAUUAUGAGUCUCGUUAUAUUACCACACAGGGACAAGAUUCCACACUUGCUGAGGCUGUUAAUAGUGUACUAAAUGGUAGCAAGCAGGAGAUUAUCAGCAGUAUUUCUUCCAGCAUUGAAAAAGCAACUUCCGAAAAGAUCCUUGACGUUGCGAAUAAAAUUAGCAAAGCAUUCACAUAUGACCAAUUGCUGCCAGACAGAGAGUAAAACAUCACUUUGAUUCGAAUCAAAUGUUUUGGCUCUUCUGGUGCAGUUUAAAACCUCAAAGAAAUAUUUUUUGAUGGGAUAUUUUUUUAUAAAUAUUCUUUUUUUAAAGAAAAUAAUUCUAAAGUAAUAAAUACUUGAUUAUCAUUCAUGUUUAACCUUCUCUUUCGUAACCAUGAGCUUCUGAAGAUGAUUUUUUUGGAAAUAAAUUGAUUGGAAUAGACAUUGAA